UUGGACCAUAUGCUCAUGGACACUUUGGUACGUCUCGCCCCUCUCUUUAGUUUUGGUCUUGGUGUCUAUAUGCUGUCGGUCUUGACUCGGACCCGGGUUUGGUGGUCACGACUACAACACUACCGUCAGAUCCUUCAGAGAAGCUAUCAGCCCCGAGGAAGCUUCGUGGUGUUGGUUCUGUGCCUGCUGGCGUCUGAGGUCGGCCGCGCGUACGUGUUUCAGGCUGGAGGAACUGCAGACGGAGGCGACAACCCACCGCCGCAGACUAUUGCGGUGUCAGAGUGGGUGAGUUCGGCUGGGUCCUGCAAAGGGAGAUGCUUCGAGCUGGAGGAAGCCAAACCUCCAGGAUGCAGAUGCGACAAUCUGUGUAAAACCUACUACAGCUGCUGCUCUGACUUCGACUUUCACUGUCUGAAAACAGCGGGAGGCUUCGAGUGCACGCAGGAGCGCUGCGGCGAGGUGAGAAACGAGGAUCACGCCUGCCACUGCUCGGAGGACUGCCUCAGCCGAGGAGACUGCUGCUCCAACUACAAGUCCCUCUGUAAAGGAGAGUCCUCGUGGGUUCAUGGAGGGUGUGAGGAGAUCAAGAGUGCUGAGUGUCCAGCAGGCUUCAUCCGGCCUCCGCUCAUCAUGCUCUCGCUGGACGGAUUUCGGGCCUCCUACUUGAAGAAAGGCCAGUCGGUCAUACCCAACAUUUACAAGCUGCGAACCUGUGGAACCACUUCGCCUUACAUGCGACCAGUCUACCCUUCCAAGACGUUCCCCAAUUUAUACACACUUGCCACGGGUCUCUACCCAGAAUCCCAUGGGAUUGUGGGAAACACCAUGCAUGACCCGGUGUUCAACGCCACCUUCACCCUUCGCUCAAGAGAGAAGCUCAACCACCGCUGGUGGGGUGGACAGCCGAUCUGGAUCACUGCUGAGGAACAAGGAGUCAAAGCCGCCUCUUUCUUCUGGCCUUGGGUGAUUCAGCUGGAGAGGAGGAUCUUGACCAUCCUGCGCUGGCUUCUUCUGCCUGACGAUGAGCGGCCGUACGUCUUCGCCGUCCACUCUGAGCAGCCGGACACCUUUGGGCAUCGGCUGGGACCUUUGAGCAGCGAGCUGGACAAUCCUCUGAGGGAGAUCGACAACAUCAUCGGUCAGCUGAUGAACGGCCUGAAGCAAAUGAACCUGCACCGCUGUGUCAACGUCAUCAUCGUGGGAGACCACGGAAUGGAGGAGGCUCACUGCGACCGCACUGAGUUUCUUAGCAGCUACCCUCUGAACAUCGACGAGAUCAACCUGAUCCCAGGCUCGCUUGGCAGGAUCCGCCCCCGCGAUCCCAAAUCCACCACCUAUGAUCCGAAAGUGGUCGUAGCAAACCUCACGUGUAAAAUGCCCACUCAGCAUUUCAAGCCGUAUCUGAAGCAGCACUUACCCAAGAGGCUUCACUACGCCAACAACAGGCGCAUUGAGGACGUUCACCUGCUGAUGGAGAGGAAGUGGCAUGUGGCCAGAAAAAUGCCAGAAAAACUGAGGUCCAGAUGUGGAUUCUUUGGUGACCACGGCUUCGACAACAAGAUAACCAGCAUGAGGACGAUCUUCGUCGGUCACGGUCCAAGUUUUAAGUUCCAGAAUCAAGUGCCAGAGUUUGAAAACAUAGAGCUCUACAACGUGAUGUGUGAUCUGUUGGGCCUGAAACCGGCUCCUAACAACGGAACCUACGGCAGCCUGAACGACAUGCUGAAGGAGCCGGUGUAUCAUCCCAACAUGUCCGAGGAGGUGUCACCUCCAUCGCCUAACUCAGAGGUGAACUUGACCGAUGACCUGGGGUGCAGCUGUGACGAAGAGAACAAAGUGGAAGAGAUCCUGCAGCCCUUCAGUCCCUCUCUGGACGACGUCUACAUCUACAACAGCACCCACCUGCCGUUUGGUCGUCCAGCUGUGAUGUUCGAGGCCGACUACACCUUGCUCCAUCACGUGGAGUUCAUCAGUGGCUACAGUAAAGAGCUGGCCGUGCCUCUGUGGACAUCCUACACACUUCCACCACAGGAGGAUGCGACUCCAGUACCGGAGGUCAGCAGUGGGGGGCAGUGUGUCCGAGCCGACUCCCGAGUGUCAGCUGGACAGAGUCAGAGCUGCAGAGGCUACAGCCACAACAGCGACCUCACGUACGGGUUCCUCUUCCCUCCAGAGCUGGCGUCGUCUCCAGAGUCCAGAUUCGACGCUUCGCUUAUCACCAACACCGUUCCCAUGUACCCCGCCUUCAAGAGGGUGUGGAGCUACCUCCAGGGGACGCUGCUGAGGCGCUACGCUGAGGAGAACAAUGGGGUCAAUGUCUUGGUUGGACCCAUUUUUGACUCCAAUUACGACGGACUUCGGGACACUACGCUGAGUGUGAAGCAGUCCACCAACUCCCUGCCGGUCCCCACUCACUUCUACACGGUGGUGACCACCUGCCAGGAGCUCAACCAGACGGUGGAGGAUUGUGGCGGCGAUCUGAAGGUGUUCUCCUUCAUCGUUCCUCAUCGCCAGGACAACAGUGAGACUUGCAAUAGCGGGGAGAGUGAGUCCACGUGGGUCGAAGAUCUGCUGAAGGUUCACACUGCCAGAGUUCGAGACGUCGAGAUCCUGACGGGUCUGGACUUGUACCGGGCCACCAACCAGACCUACACCAGCACUUUGAUGCUCAAAACCUUCAUGCAGACGUUCGAGAGCGACGACUAGAUGGCGGCGGAGGUUUACAAUGACGGAGAUGCCUAAGCGCCUUGUGUAACUGUUGAGAUCAAUGCAGUGACUUUAGCUUAGUCAUGCUAACACAAUGUACCGUUUACUGUAAUUGCACCAUUAAAGACGUUUGAUAGAGCCACCUGGAA